AUGCUCGUCCUUUCAGCUGCACCUGGGAAGGUUGUCAUAAGGCCUUUUCAAGAAGAUCUGACCUCUCUAGGCAUUCCCGAAUUCAUACUAAAGAAAGAUCUUUUACCUGUAGCGAGCUUGGUUGUGGUAAAAGCUUUAUUCAG